GUUGUAGUCGUAGCUCAAACUACCAGGCUGUUUUCAGCGGUAUCCUAAAAUCAACUUCCCAGGAGGCUUUGGAAACACGACAUAGGGUAUCCAUGGUAUUCUUGUUAUUGUUGAUGUGCCACUUACCAUCUAAUCUUCUCAAGGUGCAAUAAAACAACCUCGCUACUUAAGAUUUCCAACGUCUGCUAACAUAGUAUGAACAGUAUACAACGGACUGCAUGCUUAAGACACAUGGAGCUGUAGCAGGUUCUGUGCACACUGCUUGUUCCUUAGACAGCUCGCCCACGGCGGCUCUCGUUUAGCUCCACCACCACACAGCAUUAGCAUCUCCGCGCUAGCUUACAUCGACAGAGAUGCCCAGCAGCACACUGAUGCCCUGUUUCAUGAUCACGAAUGGCGUUGGUCUGCUGCUGCCGGAGUACAUGUCAGAGGGUUUGCUUCAGGAGUUAAUAGUGAUCAUAGAAACAUAGGGCAAGGGCAAUGAUACAGGAGGGUGUCUGCAAAUAAGACGGAGGAGGACAGGAGAAUGAUUUCACGAUACAACCGACGACCCGUAUCGCACAAACUAGAGAUUCGUGGUUUAUCACGGAACAGCCUAGACCACCAUCCACACCCAGACGAAGUAGAUGAUGUCCGUACGCCUCAGCAUUACCUGCAUGACCUACAGGAAGCUAUCUCCACUCACAACAGUUCACAGACGUCGGCUGCGUCCGGACCAUCAGACUGUCCAACGGUUGUCACAGGUGACAUCAAUCAGUCGUGGUCGGGCAUCCACAGCUACACAGGGACAGGUAUCUCUACAGAGAGGAGCUCAGUCUUCUCCUGGGGCUACGAUGAGUUUGACAAUGCGGCGUCACGGCAGGUGCAGCAGAUGUUUGAGGAGAUUGACAGGGAGCUCUACGAGGGAAGGGGCGGGGCCGGCGGACAGCUCCGCGGGCUGCAGGACGAGUGUCAGCAGUGGGCCACACGCUUCCCACAUUUGCGGAUCCUGGGCACUCAGCUGGUGUGUCCCAGCGACGAGGGGUUCCAGUGGUACGCCACCUCAGGGAAGAGCAGCUCCAGCAUCCAGCCUGCAGCCGAGACGGACGGGGCCUCCACGACGCAGGACAAAGACAGGCCAGCCACAGAGCUGAAUGUCCAGGGGAGGAGAGCGGAGCUGGUCGAGCCCCCCCAAGCAGAGGAGCCGGACGGACCCCGCGACGCCAGCGGCUGCUCUCUGGGUCACGAUGGGGCCAGGGUUAUCCUGGCUGAGGGCCUCAUGGAGGAGUACCUGGCCUUUGACAGCAGGGACCUGGACGAGGAGCUGGAGCAGGAGAGCUCGGAGCUGGACCGGAGGCGCCGCUGCCUGCCCCCGGUGUCGCCGUACCGGUGCCGGCGGCAGGCCGUGUUGGACCUGCUGUUCGAUGACGUGUGGCGGCAGCUGGUGGGCUGCAUGGGGGAGCUGGUGCAGCGGCACUGGGAGGGCUGCAUCUCAGAUGACGAGAAAAACCUGAGCCCCUGCGGCCAGCAGGACCCCCAGAGCUCCUUCAUGCUGCUGUCCACCCUGCCCACCACACUGCUGCCCCGGCUGGACCAGAGCAGGCCGUCCCAGCUCACAGCCAGCCCGCAGUCCCAGAACCCAAAAUCACGGGGCUUAAAGCACAAGUCCAGACGGAAAUCCAAAAAGCAGAAAAAGCCAUCCACUACGACCAGGGUGCCCGUUGGAGCCGCCGCGACCCACCAGAACCUCAACGACCUCAUCGUCAUCCACGGCAUUCCCCUGCAGCAGAGGAACACGGUCGCCCUGGAGAAAACCCAGGAGCCAGAGGAGCGGCCCGACAGACAGGCGUCCCACCGGCCCGCGUCCAGCGCCGUCCCCUCCAGUAAGUCCCGCCCCCGCCGGCCCCUGGAGCAGAGUUUCUCCUCCCUGCCGCGCCCCGCCCAGUCCUCUCGGCGCCGGAACCCCCCGCCGCGGACCCUCCUGCCCCUGGUCCCGGGCCCGCCGCAGUCCAGCGGCGUGGGCUCCAUGGACGAGGUCAUACGCGGCACGCGGCUAGCCACGGCCGGCGACCGCCUCGCCCCCCCCCUGACGCCCCUGGGUAGGAACACUCUCCUGCCCCCCAUCAGCACGGGAGAGCCAGAGACCCACUCCGCAGAGACCGGCCCGGGCCAUCACGCACCGCACCCCAGAACCUCCCAGCGACAGAGGGGAUCGUCCAGCCGCGCCCACAGCGCCGUGGUGGACGACGCCGCCGUCUCGCACCACAAGGAACGCCACCACCUGCUGCUGGACGCCUUCUCCCGCCCCAACACAACCCACACUUACCGGUCGGAUACUCCGUACCGUCGGUCUUUCACGGUGCUGGACAACAUUGGCCAGGGGCGGCAAGGCAGGGCCUCCGUUGGCAUAGACUCUCUUGGCAUUGGUGUGACGGGCAUCAGUCUGGGCAUCAGCAGCUCUUCCUUCUUAGACUCCUUUUCCCAUCAUCCCCUUGGCCACUCGCCCAUUGAAGAUGAAGAGGAGCCAGACACGGCCGUCCCCCUACCAGCUGUGCCCGGGCCCGCCAUGCCCACGCGGGGCCACGCCCGAGGUGCUGCGUCCUCCAGAAGCAACCGACCAGGCUUCUGACCCCUCCCACCUCCUGGGCCUCCGCCCUCCCCCUCCACCCACCAACGAGCUCCUCGCCUCUUCACAGCGCCGGAGCGAAACCCUUUGCAGCGACCAUCUGUGCCCUUGAACGUGUUUGUUCAACAGCAGUAGCACAAACUCUUUUGGGGUGGUGGCGGUGGUGGUGGGGAGGAGUCUUUUUUUACCGACCUCCAACCUUAUUUUUAUUUGGGGGUCAUCGUUGUUGUUCCACUAUAAAUUCAGCUCAUAAAAGCUGCCAAAGACAGUCCAACGUCGACACACACUCGGUUUUGUUCCCGUGUGUAUAUUGUGUACAAUUGCGUAUCAAUCUUUAAUUUAAACAUUGUGAACUUGACGUUAACACGUUGCAUCGUCCGCUGGAGUGACCCAUCGUCCAGGUAAAUGACUAUGCAGUUAGGAGCACAUCAAGCCCCAGGUGGACGGGGAGAUGAAGCACUUUUAGCCUCCGCCCAGAGGGCCAGGCUGUACCGUACUGUAUAUUUAAAACACCUUCCACUCUAACAUCCUUUGGAGAAAAAUAUUAUUUAACAAGUGUCAUGCUCUUUUAUUAUGGAAUUAUUUACUAUUAACUACCGAGAGUGGGGAAUAUGCCAUCUAGAAGUGAACUAAGGGAGUAUGAUUCAGCAUUUACACCGAGAUGGGAUGUUUCACCACUGUUUAAAGCCAUGUGCUGCAUCAACGUGAGCACUACCUAUCCAGGAAAAACACCUGUACAUACAUUAAGGAAGUAAUUUGGGGCUAAGAUGUUACAUUUGGUGUAUGUGUAAACGGACUACCAUCCAUUUCUAUGCUCUGAAUACAUGCUGUACAUUGUAUCUCGUGUGCAAAAUAAAUCUUCAAAGUCGGUGUAUUAAAUCUUUAACAAUCUCCA